CCGCCACACUUCCGGCGGGGCUGCGACCACGGAGGGGCGCGGGCGGGCGGCCGCUGGGGGUGGCGGGAUAGGCUGGGUGCGGCCGGCGCUGCAGACCCGCUGCUGCUGUCCAGGUCCCGGCGGCCGAGGCCCUUGCGUCCCACCUCCACCAUGGGCAACUGCCACACGGUGGGGCCCAACGAAGCGCUAGUGGUUUCAGGGGGCUGUUGUGGUUCUGACUACAAACAGUACGUGUUUGGCGGCUGGGCCUGGGCCUGGUGGUGUAUCUCCGACACUCAGAGACUGUCUCUGGAGGUUAUGACCAUCCUGUGUCGCUGUGAGAAUAUUGAGACGUCGGAGGGGGUCCCGCUAUUCGUAACAGGGGUUGCACAGGUGAAGAUCAUGACAGAAAAGGAACUCUUGGCCGUGGCCUGCGAGCAGUUCCUGGGAAAGAAUGUACAGGACAUCAAGAAUGUCGUCCUACAAACCCUAGAGGGACAUCUGCGUUCCAUCCUAGGGACCCUGACUGUGGAACAGAUAUAUCAGGACCGGGACCAGUUUGCCAAGUUGGUGCGAGAGGUGGCAGCACCUGACGUUGGCCGCAUGGGCAUCGAGAUCCUUAGCUUCACCAUCAAGGAUGUAUAUGACAAAGUGGACUAUCUGAGCUCCCUGGGCAAGACUCAGACUGCUGUGGUGCAGAGAGAUGCUGACAUCGGUGUGGCUGAGGCAGAGAGGGAUGCGGGCAUCCGGGAAGCUGAAUGCAAAAAGGAGAUGCUGGAUGUGAAAUUCAUGGCAGACACCAAGAUUGCUGACUCUAAGAGAGCCUUCGAGCUACAAAAGUCAGCCUUCAGUGAAGAAGUCAACAUCAAGACAGCAGAGGCCCAGUUGGCUUAUGAACUGCAAGGGGCCCGUGAGCAGCAGAAGAUCCGGCAGGAAGAGAUUGAGAUUGAAGUUGUGCAGCGCAAGAAGCAGAUCGCAGUGGAGGCGCAAGAGAUACUGCGCACUGACAAGGAGCUCAUCGCCACCGUGCGCCGCCCAGCCGAGGCGGAGGCCCAUCGCAUACAGCAGAUAGCAGAGGGUGAAAAGGUGAAGCAAGUCCUCUUGGCACAGGCAGAGGCUGAGAAGAUCCGAAAAAUCGGAGAGGCGGAGGCAGCAGUCAUCGAGGCGAUGGGCAAGGCAGAGGCUGAGAGGAUGAAACUCAAGGCUGAGGCCUACCAGAAAUAUGGGGAUGCAGCCAAGAUGGCCUUGGUGCUGGAGGCUCUGCCCCAGAUUGCUGCCAAAAUCGCCGCCCCACUGACCAAAGUUGAUGAGAUUGUGGUUCUCAGUGGGGACAACAGCAAGGUGACAUCAGAAGUAAACCGGCUACUGGCUGAGCUGCCUGCCUCUGUGCACGCCCUCACGGGUGUGGACCUCUCAAAGAUACCCUUGAUCAAGAAAGCCACUGGUGCACAGGUGUGAGGCUUCUGCAAGCCCACGCCCUUCAGCAGCUGCCCACCCCUCCCUUCACCUGUUUUAACACCACAGGGACAACGGGAACGUUACUGACUCUGGUGCCUUAUUUUGUAGGGACCAGAAGUGCUGCGUGUUCAGGCCAUCUCUGGCUGUCUUCCUUCCUCUCCCGUCUCUUUCUCUCUUCUACCCUCACUUUCACUGCCACACUCAUCUCUCUUUCCUCCUUCAUCUCCCUGUGUGUUUCUUUCUGUCUUUCUCACCCAGUCUUCCCUCCCUCUAUGCACAUCACAUAGUUUAAGCUGAAAAUGUUUAUUACAAUCACUGUCUGUCUGUGGGGGGUAGCCUUGCUGCUCCUCAGAAUCCUGGUGCCUUGAAGUUCUUCCUAUAUCCAUCUGUCCUCCCUGUAUCCCUGGCCAGAGCGCAGCAUAGGUACAGGGGUUCGGGUAGGACAACCACUCUCCCUUCUCCUGGCCUGGUUUUCUCUGAAUCCUCCUCUAGGAAGUCUAUAGACCAUUCACUUCUGCCCUUCUAGACCUGCAUAGCCAUGGCCUACAGGGCCCAGGGUCAUUGCCCUUUAUUUCAUCCCUCUCUAGGCCAGGUCUGCUCUCAUACCUACCCCUUUCUCCCUGACUCCAGGGGCACAGAGGCAAGGCCUCCUGUCUAUAGCAGCUCCCUCAGUUUACUACUGCCUUUGGAGGCCCUGCUUGUGCUCACAGAAAUUCCCUUCAUGAAAAAGCCCAUAGGUGUGGCAACCUUGGUCCCAACUCCACUAAGCCUCUUGGGGGUCAGGGUCUAAACCUGUUGGGGACAGGAACAUGUGUAGGCCCUCUUCCUGCUAGUGCUGCACUGUCCUGUGUACGGUGCCCUUCCAGUGGGCAAGGCUGUGCCAACCCUGUCCAGAAUCAAGUGCCGUAAACUGGCCAGAUCUCAUUCCCCUUGUGCCAUCUUUCUUCCUGGCCAGAGUGAUGGGGUUCCAGCCGUGGGAAGCAACUCAGUCUUCUGUCUCAUUGCACUAGUAGAGACAGAAAAGACCAGGGCCCAAGCAUCCUGCCAGGGGUGCCAUGAGUGGCCCACGGUCCUAGUCCCCCACCUGUGGUCCUGCCCCAGCCUGUGUAGCUGUUCUGCAUGUGGAUGCUGCAUGUCUGGUCUGGGGCUUGGAUGUUGCGCUGCCCCACUGCCUGUCCCCUCUGGUAAAAUAAAGAUCUCUUAUGUCCA